AAAUAUUUCUACAUAAUUUCUAAAGACUAAACUAGUGUUUCAGUCGUCUAGAUUAUAAUACUUGAUGUACCUUCAAUAAGAUGUUCUUCAAAGGCACUUUUGACAGCAUAUCCCUACAGUACUGAUAUCGCAUUAAUAAAAAGAAGAGAAAAGAGUGAAAUAAUGAUUUGGGAUGGGAGCUUGAAGAAGCACUUGAAUUAAGCAGUUCUGCAAGGGGAGGAGCUUGCCCGUGAACCCCAGUCUCUAUUGAGCUCGCAGCAGAAUGAAGCGUACGUGCGCCAUGGUGGUUGAAAAGCCAAUUGAAAGGGACACUGUUGCCUUGGCCCAAAAUAUGCUCCAGCAAUGUCAUACUCCGAGAGAUUCUCUGCGGUGAUUGUCACACUGUCCGAGUGGAAGGUUUUUGAUAGCCCAGGUCUAAAGGAUCCUUUGCGUGGGGCGAACGGAGGCUCACGUCCUAACCUGGACUGCCAAGUCCAAAACAGCGGGACCACCCCAGCGCACUCGAUAGUAAACCAGAUUCAGACAUCCCCGGUUCAGUAAGCCAUGGCUCUGCAGCGUCACCCGUUUGUCCAUGGAGCUGCGAGCUGGGAUGGAGAGCAACCAAGUCCCGUCCAGCUUCCCCACGUCAGCGCGUGCCCCUUCACUUCUUCAGGUCGAAAAGAAGACCCACUCUAUUUUAUUUUGGACCAGACAGGGCAAGCCAGGCAGCCUCUCGACAUCUCCGCCUUCAGCAGAAUCAUGACAGAUAUGAGCUCUCUGAACGGUGCGGACAACCAUCGUCCAGAAACGUCUUUUUACUCCGGACACAAACUCUUAUCACUCAAUACCGACACGGAUCCAGAGAGUCCGUCGCUUUCUUCCCACUCAGACUUACAACAUUUGCACAGUCUGUCUUUGUCCGCACCUCCGUGUUCAGAAACUGACAAUAAGCAUGAUAUGCAAUAUUUAGCAAUGGAAAGCACAAAAUACCCAAGUCAGUGGAGUGAAAGCAGAACCAACAGGAGCAUCAUUACCACACUGAGCAUCAGUCAAAGAAGUAAAGACGACAUAGAACCAAAUAACCUCCAGACAGACUUUACCAGGAGCGAUAAAACUCAAAGAGAGAAGACGCAAGAUGUGACUUCAGAAAACGCUGCAAAUGGCUGGCUGUCGGCGAAAUCGGGAAGAAAGAAGCGAUGUCCUUACAGCAAACACCAAAUCUUAGAGCUGGAAAAGGAAUUCCUAUUCAACAUGUACCUGACUCGCGAGCGCCGCCUGGAGAUCAGCCGGAGCAUAAAUCUCACCGACCGCCAGGUUAAGAUAUGGUUUCAAAAUCGCAGGAUGAAACUGAAAAGAAUGACUCGAGAGCACCGGACAAGGGACCCUGGCACAAGUUUCACUGUCUAGUAUGUCAUGUAAUACGGUUGAAUAGACCGAACUCAGCGCACAAAUCAUUUUAUUCAUCAUCCGUUGCAAGUGGAAUGAUGCAACUGCUGCUUCUGAUGGAUUAACGGGAGGAAGCGAUCUGUCAAAUCUUACUACGGUGGUUCACAAUGUGUUCUAUGAUGCAAAUGUAAGGGAUAUAAAUUUAAUUCCUCGCAUGGAGAUUAAACGAAUGUUUAAAAAAAAAUUAGACACGGCUUUGGACAGGCCCUGAACACUGUUUAUUGAUGUCGUUUAGGUUGUGACCGACCUUUUUACCGAGCAAAUAUUUUGUAAUUUUCAAUAGGCUAUCCGACUCAUGAUUUCCCACUGUAUGAGUUUUUCUUUCUUUGUUUUUGCAGGUUAUAAAUGCUAUAGCAAUUUUUACACAGCCUUAGUAUUUAUUACUUGAGUAGCAUAAGAACAUUUGCGGAAACUACGGAGUGGCCUAAACAAAGGUAUUAAAAUGAAUCUAAUUAUAUUUUGAGUGAUAAGAAUAUACAGCAAGCACAGGUACUGUUGUUUUGUUUUAAAAAGUUGUGUUGUUUAGUAACCAUAAUGGCUCGAAAGAUUGUUCUGCUGAAGCAUGGUUGAAUGUACUUAAGCUGUGAUACUUCAUUUGUUUAUGUGUUUUAAAAAGCAGAGCGUUUAAAUAAAAGAUUGCUCUACGUGACAAUAAAA